AGGAGCCUUGUCUUGCUCGUCUCCCAUCAUUCUCCCCCACCGCGCCCCUCCAUGCUCGGCUCCUGCAGAGCAUAAAUCCCGGUCGCAGACCUCUCCUCGUGCCCACCCGACCACGACGCUCGGAUUCUUCCCCGUCGUUGAGUCACCUAGCAAGCACGUACGUGCAAAUGGACGGCCUCCUCGCUCCCCUCCAUAUCUAACAGCUCCACGGGCUUUUGCUCUGAGCUGCUUAUGGAUGAACCAGGUUGCUCUCGGUCGAUCUCCGGCCUCCUCUGCCAGGAAGACGCGACCGGCAUAGACUUGGAUUUGGACUCUCCCACCGAUGACAGCGAACUGUCUCAAGCGUUCCUGGUUCUCAAAGCCACCGAUCUUUGUGAGGAGGAGUACAUAGAGAAGCUGGUCUCGAAAGAGAGCAGCUUCGAGAGGCAAAUCGGUGAGUUCUGCUUGGUUCCGGCGACGGAGAGCUGGCUCAAGCGUGCCCGCUCCGACGCCAUCAAAUGGAUCUUAAAGACCAGGGCCCGUUUCGGCUUCGGAUUCCGGACUGCGUUCCUCGCGGCGACUUAUUUCGAUCGCUUCUUUGCACGGCGAAGAAUCGAUAACGAGAAGCCAUGGGCGCUGAGAUUGUUGUCGAUGGCUUGUUUGUCGGUGGCGGCGAAGAUGGAGGAGUACAGAGCGCCACUGCUUUCGGAGCUUCAGAUCCAGGGGUACGCAUUCGACAGCAAUGGUGUGCAGAGGAUGGAGCUCCUCCUCCUCGAUACUCUGCAAUGGAGGAUGGAUUGCGUCACGCCAUUCGAGUACCUGAGUUAUUUCAGAUGCAAGUUCCGGUGCGAUGCUGAUGAUCCAGAGGAGUCACUGCGCAAGGUCACUGCACUCAUCUUUGCAGCUGUCGAUGCGAUCAAUUUAGCCAGCUACUGCUCCUUCACCAUAGCAGCAGCUGCCAUUUUAGCUGCAUCCAGCAGCAUGUAUACAAAAGAGUCAAUGGAGACAAAGAUGAGUGCCAUACCACUGUUUGGAUCCUCUUCAGAAAAGGAACAUGUGUUUUCCUGCUACAAUAUAAUGACCCAGGAUCCACCCAAGAACAUGAGAUCACCCAAGAGGUUGGCUUCUCCGGGAGCAUCAGAGAGUUGUUCCAGCAUCACUGGUGUCAUCGACGGUGCCUCCUUCGGCUUGCCAAGAAAUAAGAGGAGAAGGUUGCAGUUGCCGGAUACCCAUUAGAACCCAACCCUGACACUACUUUUACAUGUGCAUUGGGAAUGCUCUGACCCAUUUCUUCUUCGUCACUCUCUUCUUUUCAGUUCGAUCAUUGAUUGUCUGAGUGCUUGUUUUGCUUCUUUAUGGCCAAUUGAGAUGUGAGGUGUUUCCAAAUUGCAUAGUGCGACAGCUUUAGACCAGAGUGAAACGACUGUUUGCUUCGUGUAUCAUGUUGAUUUGUGAGCUGCUGUUGCAGCGAGGCUGAUGAGGUAGAGGUGGAUUUGGUCUCCGGUGGGGGAUUUUUUUGCCUGGGCCUUCGAAAAGACCGUGGAGCAGCGAGAGUGGCGUGACAUGGUACACCUCGUGGUAUAUGAUGCUGGAUCAAAUACUGUGAAGUGGAUGGAUUUGUUUCGGCUUGGUGGAGUGAGAUAUAAUUCCCAGUGAUGGGGAUUGUACUUGUGGUGGUGUCAUGUCAUCUGAAUAAAACCAAGCAACAUACUCUUGUCAGAAUCCAAAUGUAUCUUUGCCCCCCAUGACUUACAGUAAAAUGUAUCAUGUCAAAAGCAGUUUUUGAGGUUGGAUGGAUGGAUUGGUUAAUGGAUGGCUUCAUUGACAAGAGAUCAUUUAGCUUGCAAGGCUAAGGCUAUAGGGGCUAACAACAUCCCUUGAAAAUGAAUCUACUCCCUGCAUCUUCUUUUUGACUAUUUGGCUCAAAUGUAGCAUUCUCUAUGUGGUAUCACUGUCCAAAGAGAUGGGAGUUUCCUUUCCGGUGACCUCAUCAUCCAUUGCUUGCUUGCUAGGCUUGAGUUGCAGUGGAAGUCUACAAAGGUCUUUGUCAUCCAUGCCGAACACAGGCCAUCCAUCAUCCAUUAUGAAAAGGGUGCUGUCAAGUCUGCUUCCCUCACCCUUUGCUCCUCCGUCUGAUGGCUGUGACAGAAUGAACCAGAUGCUGACCUCAAGGAUCCUUCAGCCACACUGGUCACCAUGCGGUCAAAUGCAGAGCCUGGAGACAAGGUUUGGUAAACCUGUUGGUUCAAAGGAGUACCACCUAGAACGGAGUGGCCGGACGGAAUGGAUUACAAAAGGAAAUGAUGGCAGCGGGGAUUUAUGCAUGAGACCUGCUCGACUGGUGGCCUGACCGAAGGAUCCCUUGCGACAGAAGCAGUGUCGCGUAUUAGAAAAAGAGUCCAGGGGGGGGAUGCCUGCCAAGCCCAAGGGACUGACUGGGUCAAACAAACAUUUGUUUACAUCCUUUGGUGAAUGAUGAACUGUCUUGCAGUGAGCUCACGAAAGCAGGAGGAGGUAAAAGAUGCGUGUGUGACUGAGAUGCCAUGUUUCAUUGGGUGCUACUCCUUGGGUUGCACAGUGAGAAUAGCAUUAGUUCAGCAUGAUGUUUCUUUUCUUCUGGGGGCCAUCAAUGGAGAUCAGCAUGCCCCAUCGCCAUGUUUGACUGAACCUUUUUUGUGUUCUUCGUUCCGAAUGCAGAUACCUUGACAAAUCUUUUUGUCAUCCAAUCUUCAAUCUCCGAUAUUAGAGGCGAAUUCUGUACUCUGUUUUAGGAAAAAUAAUAUCCCCCCCACAAUGAUCAGAUUUUGUUUUGGAGGGAUUUUGGUGUUACAUGUUGACUAAU